AUGAACUAUGCAAUUCAGGACCAUGGCAAAGUAAUCGUCGAUGAGUACUCUAUCAUCCGUGAUAAAUACGCUGCCCCAAAAUACCCUGUCGUUCUCGCCCAUGGCUUGCUGGGGUUUGAUGAAAUACGCCUUGCUGGUCCAUAUUUACCCGGCGUUCAGUACUGGCGUGGAAUUAAAGAGGCACUGACAGCGCGAGGUAUUGAAGUUAUUACGGCGACAGUGCCCCCGUCGGGCUCUAUUGAGGCACGGGCUGAACAAUUGACCCGAAAUAUCGAGGCCGGGGCUCGAGGGAAAGAUGUUAAUAUCAUUGCGCAUAGCAUGGGUGGUCUGGAUUCGCGAUAUAUGAUUAGUCACAUACGACCGGAGAAGUUCAAAGUCUUGUCUCUGACCACUAUUGCAUCUCCACAUCGAGGAUCAUCUGUGGCGGACUACGUACUUGACCAAAUUGGAGCCGAUCGCCUACCACAGAUCUACUAUGCCCUUAAUCGACUAAAUGUCGAGACCGGUGCAUUCGCUCAACUGACACGAAAAUACAUGACCGAGACCUUUAAUCCCAAUACCCCAGAUGUGGAAGAUGUCAGAUAUUUCUCCUAUGGAGCAGCAGUGGAUCCAAGUAUAUGGUCCGCUUUUCGGCUUUCACACCGAGUACUUGCGGAGAUCGAAGGACCCAAUGAUGGCCUAGUCAGUGUGUCUAGUAGCCGGUGGGGAGGCGAUGCAGGGUACAAAGGAACCCUUAUGGGCGUGAGCCAUCUAGACUUGAUCAACUGGACCAACCGGCUCAAGUGGCUAGUCGGCGAAGUGACAGGCAACAGGCGAAAGUUUAAUGCCAUCGCAUUUUACUUGGACAUUGCAGACAUGCUGGCAAAGGAGGGACUUUGA